GGGGAGGGGGGCCCUAGCUUUCCAUUUCAUGACAUUUUUAGUUUGUUCUUUUGAUUUAGCUUUGUCUUCACCCUGUGAAUUUUAUCGGCACUGCCAAAAUUAUUGACAUCCGGCCCUUACUUCUUCUUAAGUUUGCACCACUCAUUGUCUCAAGACAGACCAAAAAUUUAUAGAUCCAUACACGUUUGAUGUUAAAAUACCCUCAUACAGUAAGCAUACACUCUGAGAUCCACAAAUCUGAGAUGUGUUCUAACAAGCCUCAUGCUGUCUGUAUUCCAGUUCCGAUUCAAGGUCACAUAAAGGCAUUGCUUCAAUUAGCAAAACUCCUCCACCAUAAAGGUUUUCGUAUAACCUAUGUCAACACCGAGUUCAAUCACAGGCGGUUAGUUAAAUCUCUAGGACCCGAGUCCCUCGAUGGCUUGCCUGAUGAUUUUCGGUUUGAAACGAUCCCUGAUGGCCUACCGGAUUCGGACGAAGAUGCCACCCAAGACCUCAGUUUGCUUGCAGAUUCAGUCACAAACAACUUCUUGGCACCUUUUGUUGAUCUGAUAAAGAAACUCAACAGUAGUAGUAGUACUCCUCCAGUGACAUGCAUUUUUUCAGAUGGUUUCAUGCCAUUCACAACCCCUGCAGCUCAACAAUUUGGCAUCCCCGUCACACUCGUCUUUACUUUUUCAGCAAGCGGCACCAUGGGCUAUAUGCAGUAUCCUGCUUUGGUGGAAAGAGGACUAGCACCCCUCAAAGAUGAGAGGUGCCUCACGAAUGGCUUUUUAGACCAAGAGGUAGAUUGGAUACCAGGAAUGGAAAGUAUUCGUUUAAGGGAUCUUCCUAACAACUUUGUAACAACAAAUCCCAAUGAUGCAAUCUGGAAUUUCAUACUUGAAGGAAUGGGCAGACUAAAUGAAGCUUCAGCAAUUGUUAUACAUACCUUUGAUGCAUUGGAGCUAGAUGUUUUGGACGCUCUCUCAUCUAUGUCUCCACCUGUUUACACCGUUGGCCCUUUCCAGUUACUUCUCAAUCAGAUACCACAACACCCUUUGAAGUCCCUGGGAUAUAGCCUAUGGAAAGAAGAAACUGAGUGCCUUGAAUGGCUGAACGAUAAGGCACCAAACUCAGUUGUUUAUGUGAAUUUCGGCAGCAUAACGGUCAUGACCCCGGAACAACUUGUGGAAUUUGGUUGUGGGCUUGCAAAUAGCAAGGUUUCUUUCUUCUGGGUAAUUAGGCCUGACUUGGUAGUUGGUAAAUCAGCAAUUUUGCCACCCGAGUUUGUGGAUGAAACUAAGGGGAGAAGUCUAAUAGCGAGUUGGUGCCCUCAAGAGCUAGUCCUCAACCAUCCAUCAGUUGGAGGAUUUUUGACACACACUGGUUGGAAUUCUACGCUGGAAAGUGUGUCUGCAGGAGUGCCUAUGCUGUGUUGGCCGUUCUUUGCUGAUCAGCCGACGAACUGUCACUAUACUUGCAAAAGAUGGGGCAUUGGUAUGGAGAUCAAUAAUGUUGUCAAGAGAGAUGAUGUUGAGAAACUUGUUAGAGAGUUAAUGGAGGGAGAGAAGGGUACGCGAAUGAAGAAUAAGGCCAUGGAGUGGAAACAAUUGGCAGAGGAAGCCACUGGUCCACAGGGUUCUUCAUCUGCAAACUUCGAAAAAUUAGUGAAUCAAAUUCAGUUUAAAAAGAUCUAGAUGCUGUGCAUUGGAACUAAUGAGAGACAUGUAUUGCAUGCCUCACAGUUAUCGGUUCAAAAGAACUAGCAACAUGUUUGGCCUGCUACUACAUCUUCAGUUUUAUUCAGUUACUAUUUUUAAUUAAAUU